ACCAACAGGCGGAAUGCGUCAGGUCACCCGACGCCCAGCCCGACCCCCCCGAACGGCCCCUUCACAGACAUGAUGCCGACUCGGACGAACUACAAGAAGAAACUUCCCCUCCCCAAACCGCCAGCGAAACCGGCGAGUCAGUUGGUCAUACGGCACAGGAAGAUGGUUGUCGCCCUCUACGACUAUGACGCGACGGAGGCCGGGGAUAUGUCACUUCGAAAACACGACGAAUUGGAAGUCCUCAAUGAUGAACAGGAACACUGGUGGAGGAUGAGGAACAUCCAGACUGGACUUGAGGGCUUUGCUCCAAGUAACUAUGUGAGGGAGCAGGGCAGCAUGUGUCUACAGCAGUAUGAGUGGUACUUGGGGGACGCCACCAGACAGCGAGCAGAGGUGUUGUUAAUGAAACAGGAACGGGAAGGCGGCUUUGUUGUCCGGAACUCUACCACCAACUCUGGAAUCUAUACACUCUCUGUCUUCUCAAAACAUCUCCCCAGGUCUCGGCCGCAGGUGAAACAUUACCACAUCAAGAAGGACCAGGAAGGGAAUUAUUAUCUUGCACAUCAUAUCAAAUGCCCAACCAUUCCUGAACUAAUAUACAGGCACCAGCACAACCCAGCUGGAUUAUGUGCAAGACUCAGGCCACCCUUACAAGGGAGACAGGCUCCUACAACUGCAGGACUGGGCCAUGACAAGUGGGAGAUUGACCCCAGUGCACUAAAUCUGAUGGAGGAGUUGGGCUCCGGACAGUUUGGUGUGGUGCGUCGUGGUAAGCUCCGCUCUCUGGACGUGGCCGUAAAGAUGAUGAAGGAGGGAACCAUGAGUGAAGACGAGUUUAUUGAGGAAGCUAAAGUGAUGAGACAACUGCGACAUCAAAACUUAGUCCAGUUAUAUGGAGUUUGCAGCAAGCGUCGCCCAAUCUACAUAGUGACAGAGUACUUGUGCCAUGGCUCCUUGCUGAACUACCUCCGAGACAAUGAAAAAACUCUAAUGAACAACACAGCUGUCUUGGACAUGUGUUUGCAAGUUUGUGCUGGUAUGGAGUAUUUAGAAAAGCAAAAGUUUAUUCACCGUGAUUUAGCAGCAAGAAAUUGUUUGGUAGGAGCAAAUGCUGAAAUCAAAGUAGGAGACUUUGGUCUUGCACGGUAUGUUGUUGAUGAUGAGUACACCAGCUCUGGGGGUGCUAAGUUCCCAAUCAAAUGGGCUGCACCAGAAGUGCUCAAUUUUAUGAGAUUCUCCUCCAAGUCUGAUGUGUGGGCAUUUGGUGUGCUGAUGUGGGAAGUGUACACCUGUGGAAAGAUGCCAUAUGGCAGGAUGAAGAACCCAGAAGUGGUUGAGAUGGUGCAGAGCGGACGGGUUCUGGAGCAGCCUAGAUACUGCCCAGAUUAUGUAUAUUGCGUUAUGCGGCAGUGUUGGACUCCACAGGCAGAAGCACGGCCAUCCUUCAGUGAAAUUUUAAGAACUUUUGCAGAUGAAUGAAUAUCACAUAGCCAUGUCGCCCCCACCCCCGAGCUCACACUCAAUAUGACUGUAUAAACAGUCAUUUGUAAACAGUGCAGAAUGUUGUGGCCAAGAUGACUUGCUAAAAGUUAUUUUUAAUUACUUGCAAUACUAUGAAUGACAAAGUGUGCAAUUAGAUAUAAGAUUAUAUAAAAUGAAUUAACACUUGUGAUAAUAAUGGACUCUUGUAUAUGGUAAAUUCUGAAACAAGUAAAAAAAUACCCUAGUA